CCGCGACAUUUUCGCGCGGAAAGCCGGGCGUUAUUGAGCCGUGGAAAGGUGAAAAAUAGAAUGUAAAAUUAGAUUAUUAUAUUAAGUGUAAUAUUUUUGUGCAAAUUUAUCGAUUUUACAGCUAUAGUGUACUAAUCAAACGUUAAAAUAGUGUAAUUGUGUGUUGAAUACGUCUACUGGCAUAUCUGAGUUCCUAAGAUUUUUUUCUUAGAGCAAUUGGAUUAAUUUGUGAAUGACAAGUCCAUGUUGCAGACAGUGGAAGCCUGUACCAGCUGAUCUGUACGCAUGAAUAUGGCACAAGCAGGUUCCUCCUGUGAAGCCAGUGAGAAUCGUGCCAACUUGAAAAGAAAGAGAAAUUCUACUGAUGAUGAGGUGGAGAACAUGCCACCUGUGAAGGUUGCAGCCAAGGUUGAAGAGGAACUGAGUGACCAACCAGCUCACAAUGUUGUUGUAGAGUCAUCAUCAUGUUCAAGCGAUGAGGAAGGCUCUGAGCAGCCGAGGAGUGUGUUCACAGACUUAGAUUAUAAUCCUGAUAGUUUUUUAAGCCCACCAAGUAUACCAGAAUUACCAAACUGUGUGCUGAGUCCUUUAGAAAAUGUUGCGAGAGGUGAAUGUACCCCACACUCCAAUAAGAGGCCCAGCUCUAGUAAACCCCAUUGUCCUUCACCCCCCAAGCGCAAGUGCCCUCUUCCAGGGCUGUCAUGGGCUGACCCCACAGAUGUGUGGAGAAGCAUGUGUGAAUGUGAUGCCAGAUCCAGUUUGAAGAAGAACCCUUAUAUGUUUGACAAUCAUCCUAAUCUCCAGCCGAGGAUGAGAGCUAUAUUACUGGACUGGUUGAAUGAGGUGUGCGAGGUGUACAAACUGCACCGAGAGACGUUUCACCUGACGGUGGACUACGUGGACCGGUACCUUACCAACACGGACGACGUGCAGAAAGGUCGCCUCCAGCUCGUUGGUAUAACAUGCUUGUUCAUCGCAGCGAAAGUAGAAGAAGUGUAUCCACCGAAAAUAGGCGAGUUCGCGUACGUGACCGACGGCGCUUGCACCACUGAAGAAAUACUAUUAGAAGAACUGUUGAUAUUAAAACUGCUGUCAUGGAGUAUCACGCCCAUAACAAUCAACAGCUGGUUGAACAUUUACAUGCAGUUGGCGAGUGAAGGGCGGAGCGCAAAGAGACGGCUGCUGGGCGAGAGCGACGUGGGCGCCAACGCACUGCGCGGCUACACGUUCGUGUUCCCGCAGUACUCGUCGCUGGAGUUCGCGGCAUGCGGCCAGCUCGUAGACCUGGCCGCGCUGCACGUGGACGUGAACCGGUUCGCGGCCAGCGCCGUGGCCGCCGCCGCCAUGGCGCACGCCUUCAGCAAGGAGCUGGCGCUGCGGGUCUCUGGUUACAGCUGGGAGGUGCUGCAGCCGUGCUACGCGUGGUUGGCGCCGUUCGUGGCCUGCGUACGCGCUUCCGGCGGCGUGAGUGCGGUGCGCGGCGGCGACGGAGAACACGUGCAACGCGGCGCUGGCCUGCGACUCAUCUGCCCCGACCUCAACGUUGACGAGAGCCAUCGCAUACAGGCGCACAACGUCUCGCUGGACAUGUUUGACCAAGUGUACCAGCAGUUGCUCGAGCAGACACAAGAGCCCGCGCAGGAGUCCACGUCACAAGACACGGAGCACAUCUACCCGCCCACGCCGCCGCAGUCGGACCAGAAGAGCCCCACCGCGCCCACCACCACCCCCUCCACGAGGCACAUCUCACCACCGCCCAUCGUCGAGUGAACUAGUGCGUAAAGGAUCAGGGACCCCUUAGUCAGGCUUUGGACACAGAGUUUGGGCUUUUGCACAAUCAAUAAGUUGUGGAAGCCAAGUGUGCAUCAGUCCAGGACGAAUAUGUUGUGUGAACCCUGUUGGGCAUCUUAAGGUGCGGACUUUUGAACAGACAUUAAGUUGUGAAAGCAAAGUGUUCUUCAGUCCACAACGAGCAUGUUGUGUGCAAACUGUUUUCGAUACCUUGAAGGGCUUUGGAUAGUGAGUUUGGGCUUUAAAACAGACAUUAGGUUGUGAAAGCCAAGUGUACAUCAGUCCACAACGAAUAUUUUGUGUGCAGCCUGUGUUUAAUACCUUAAAGGGCUUCGGACACUGAGUUUGGGCUAUUGAACAAUUAAUAUAUUGUAAAAGCGAAUCGUGCUGAAUAGCACCCGUUGAGCAGGGUCAACAAGUAAGUUUAGUGAAUACCGAGUAAGAUUACUCAAGAUCAUAUUACCAACAUGUUUUAAUGUUAGGUAAGGUAAAGCUAGCGCCACAAGUGUGGAUAAGGUUUUAAUAUAAUGAAAAUGAAUGAGAACGUUGACAGUAGACUUAACUUAAAUUUGAAGAUGAUUACUAGAACAGCUAGUAAGUCCCCCAAAAUAAAAUAAAAAAGAGUGCAGUGGACAGACCACCUUCAGAAACAAAGUUCUGUACUUUACUAUGACCAUCUCUUAACUGAAAAUGUGGGGUUAGAUGAACGUUAUUUUAUUAGUAAGAAAUUACUCAAGUCUGGCCCCAAGCUAAGUGAGAGACAUGAAACUGGUACUUCUGAUGUCUCAAAUAACGCAUCUGAAUCGUAUCUGUAGAUACGAGGAAUUUAUUUAUUCAAACUUCAUAUAUUUUA